CCAGCGAAACCGCCCAUUCGACAGCUGGGGAAGAACGAAGUGGGCACACUUGUAGGAGCUUCCCGAAGUGCUCGCCUUCCCAAAGAUUUGGGAACCUCAUGGGACUGGAAAUGAUCCUCAUUGGUCCAGGCACUGUAGAAACAAAAGAAAUGUGGGAACGGGAUACUAGCUCUGUUCUGACGGGAGGCAGGUAGCCAAUAGUUGAAGCAUUGAAUGAAAUCGUUGGAUAUAUUCUAUUGGCACUAGAGAUGCUUGCGGUACAGAAGAGAAGCCCAAGCAGUUCCCUGGUGGACCCAAGCCGCUGAUCUCAGUUCUUUGGAAAAUACGAGGUUGAGUCUCUGCCGGAAAUUGCUCAGUCCAAGGCAGCAACAAGCAGCCGGACGGAGUUUUCGCCCUGUUCCGGACUUUGCGCUCAAGUUAAAGGAUUAAUUGGCAUUACAUUUCCAGGAAGGAAGGAAAAAAAGAAGUCUCUCGGUAAACGAAUUGUACGCCCUUUCGAACACGCUUCUACCCUAAAGCGGAGGAUCUAUACUUUUACAUUUCUUUCUGGUUAAAACAAAGUCAGUAUACAUGAAGACCCUGAGCGAUCGAGACUCUGAAAAUGACCCCUCCCAGGAGCCGUGGGCGUGACGUCAUCGCGGCGCGACCACAAGCAAUAAGGACCAGCUCCAAGCCAUAAGCCUCAGCUAUAAUAUAAUACAAGUCCCGCGGCAAAACUCGCUGACCCUCACUCCUUCGCCCGGCCGAGCUGCCUUCGCCUCUAACCCCCUCCUGUCGCGAUGGAAAACCUUGGAGAGUCGCCCACGGACAAAGGCGGGGAGUCAGAGGAGUCGAGGGCUACUCCUGGGAACCCGUUAGCGGCAGACACUGAGGGAAUCCCUGAGGAAACCGAUAGGGAUGGAGACGCGGACUUGAAAGAAGCCGCGGCAGAGGAAAGGGAGACCAAGAGUCAGGAUGUCUCAGGUUUGACAGCAGUUGAGAGGGAAGACUCAUUUCUUACUCCAGCAGCCAAAAAGCUGAAACUAGAAACCAAAGACAAGAAGGAGAAGAAGCAGAAGGUGGACGAAGAUGAGAUUCAGAAGAUGCAAAUCCUGGUCUCUUCUUUUUCUGAGGAGCAGCUGAACCGUUAUGAAAUGUAUCGCCGGUCAGCUUUCCCGAAGGCAGCCAUUAAAAGGCUGAUCCAGUCCAUCACUGGCACCUCUGUGUCUCAGAAUGUUGUGAUCGCCAUGUCUGGCAUUUCUAAAGUUUUUGUCGGGGAGGUGGUAGAAGAAGCCCUGGAUGUGUGUGAGAAAUGGGGAGAAAUGCCACCCCUGCAGCCCAAGCACAUGAGGGAGGCCGUGCGGAGGUUGAAGUCCAAGGGGCAAAUCCCCAGCUCAAAGCACAAGAAAAUCACCUUCUUCUAGAUCUAACAGAGACUGUUCAAGACUUUCCGUAUAGUUGGGCUUCUGUACUGAGGCUUUGUUGGUGGUGAGCCCAACAAACUUGAUGCUGACUUUAAUGUUUCUGUCACACCUACAAGGCACAUAGUGUGCCUCAGACUUGCCUUCACUCAGUCAUGGACUGUCCUCAGGCAUGUUGAAGAAUGUUUUCACAGACUCUUGGCUAGUUUUAAGAAAAAAUAUACAGGGACUGUUAGUAUCUCCUGGAGAGGGAGAUGAUUUCAGAGAAAAACAAGACAACUACAGUGGCUUCACAUUGAAGCCUAAAGUGGCUAAGAUUCAGGUUGUUUCGAAACAAACUUUCUCAAUAAUCUGCUGUGAAGACAGUCACACCAUAAUUCGCUUCUCACCGUUAACAUUUCAGGUUGUCCUAUGUAUUUUGUGAGGGAUUGUUAAACUUUUCCAACCUGUGUGGGAAACUUUGUUUUA